CAGUGGGCACCGGGUCAUCAGCUACCGGAUUGUCUGGCUCGACAGCGGGCAUCGGGUCACCAGGUAUGACAGCGGGCACUGGGUCACCAGGCAUCAGGUCAUUUGGCUUGCCAGCGGGCACCGCGUCAUCUGGCAAGGCAGUGGGCACCGGGUCACCAGGCAUUGGAUCGUCUGGCUCGACAGCGGGCCUCGGGUCACCAGGUAUGACAGCGGGCACUGGGUCACCAGGCAUCAGGUCAUCUGGCAAGGCAGUGGGCACCGAGUCACCAGGUACGACAGCGGGCUCCGAGUCAAUUGGCACGACAGCGGGCACCGAGUCAACUGGCCUAAUAGGAUCGUCAGGCUGGAUCAAGAGGCAUCAGGCUGCGUACAGGCAUCAGGCCGAGUAGAGGCAUCAGGCUGCGUACAGGCAUCAGGCUGAGUACAGGCAUCAGGCUGAGU